CAGAUCCAAAGCAAGAUUCCAAAGAGCAUCUCUGCGUUUCCUACCAGCUCCCCAUCGUCGUGCUAGGGAGGAGGAAGCGGGAGCCUCUGUUGGAAGAGAUGGUGAUGGGCCUGGGCCCCUUGUUGUUGGUCUUCAUGCUGGGUCUUGGUCUGACCCCACUGAACCUGGCUCAGGAUGACUCCAGGUACAAACACUUCCUGACCCAGCACUAUGAUGCCAAACCAAAGGGCCGGAAUGACAGAUACUGUGAAAGCAUGAUGGAGAGACGAGGCCUGACCUCACCCUGCAAAGACACCAACACCUUUAUUCAUGGCAACAAGGGUAACAUCAAGGCCAUCUGUGGAAAUAAGAACGGAAGCCCUCACGGAGAAAACUUAAGAAUAAGCAAGUCUCCUUUCCAGAUCACCACUUGCAGACACGUAGGAGGGUCCCCCCGGCCUCCAUGCCGGUACCGAGCCACCCCAGGGUUCAGACACAUUGUCGUUGCCUGUGAAAGUGGCUUACCUGUCCACUUUGAUGAGUCCUUCCUCCGUCUGUGAGCAGCAGGCCCCGCCCAGAGCUGGCUCCGCUCUCCUUUCCUGGGGUUUCUCCUCUGGACCCCAGGACAGUGUUGGCAACAUCCAUUGCCGGGGCCCAGAGAAUGAGCUACCUGGAUCUUUUGUUUUCUGUUUUACAACAUGUUUAAUAAAUAAAAAUGUCUCUGAAAUCAGUAAGAA